GCGCGGGCUGUGUGCUGGAAAACGGGAAUGGGGAUGACUCAUCGGAGGUGGCAGCAAGGGGCCAGCUUUAAUCUCCAGGCUCUCUCUCCGAACCCCGCUGAGGCGGUUUCCCACCGACUAUCUUUCGGGGCAGCACAGGCCGGCACAGGGGUAAAAGGUCAUAAAGAUGGCGCUCGCCGUUCGGCUGCUGCCCCGGUUGCUGCUCUCUCGGCCUGUGCCCGGCGGGGCGACCCGACCCCGGCCUCCGGGUGCGGCUGGACUUUGCUGCUGCUGCCGUCGCCUCCUGGGCUCGGGCGCGGCCCCGUCUCCUCGCGGCCCUGGGGCCCCGGCGGCCUGGGCGCUGUCUGCCCGGCGACCCCGGCCUCCCCCGCUCUGGGCUCAGGGACGCGCCGCGGCGCUCUCCGCGCUCCCCGCGUGCCCCGGGCGCAGCUACAGCACCGAGGAGCGGCCGCAGCCGCGCCAGAAGACCAAGAUGAUCAUCCUGGGCUUCUCCAACCCCAUCAAUUGGGUGCGGACUCGAAUUUACGCCUUCCUUAUCUGGGCCUAUUUCGACCGGGAGUUCAGCAUCGCAGAGUUCUCGGAGGGAGCGAAGCAGGCUUUUGCUCAUGUGUCCAAGUUGCUGUCACAAUGUAAAUUCGAUCUAUUGGAAGAAUUUGUGGCCAAAGAGGUGCUACAUGUGUUGAAAGAAAAGGUGACGUCCCUACCUGACAACCAUAAGAAUGCCCUUGCUGCUGACAUCGAUGAAAUCGUGUACACGUCCACAGGAGACAUCUCCAUCUACUACGAUGAGAAAGGAAGGAAGUUUGUUAACAUCCUGAUGUGCUUUUGGUAUCUAACCAGUGCCAGCAUCCCCAGUGAAACGAUAAGUGGAGCCAGUGUGUUCCAGGUUAAGUUGGGGGAUCAGAACGUGGAAACUAAACAACUUCUUAGUGCAAGCUACGAAUUUCAGAGGGAGUUUACACAAGGAGUAAAGCCUGACUGGACCAUUGCACGGAUUGAACACCGAAAGUUAUUAGAAUAAUCUUUCUCAGAAAAAUCAGCUUAUUGGACUGUUAGCAAUUGCCGUGAAAAGCUAAGGAAGAAAAACUUUUGGAUCAGGUGAUCUUCAUUUAAUGCAGUCUGUGGAUUACUGUGGUACUGUCUUGAAAUACUCCUUGUAGUAUAUUGGCAUGAUAUAAUAAAGCAUUUCCAAAGAUUGUCAUCACCUUCUCCAAAAGAGCUCAAAGUCAAAAAGCUACACCACCACAAUUGUUGGUGUCAUAUUCAGUAUAAUUUCUAAUCUUAGAUUUAUAUGUAUAUAUACAAAAACUAAUUUUAUAGACAUAAUAAAGUAUUGAAAAAAAUAUUUACACAUUUCUAAAUUAAUAAUCCUUAAAUGUUUUAUUUGUGGUUAAUACAUUUAUACCAAGAAUUCAAGUAUGUGUAAGAUGUGUUGUUGAAUGUCGCUGCCGCUGUUUGAGUACCUCUGGCCACUAGCCGGAUGAGGAGGAAUGGAUGGAAUUACAGCACACUGGUCGCUGCGGAACUAAGGCUCAGCAAAUGUGAAGCUCACUAAAGCACAAAGCGAAAAACCACGGCUGUGCCUCAGCCCCUGUGGGGUAAUAUCCAGUCUUCUGUUUGUCUGGAGACCCAGAAAUCAGGGAGGGAGACAAAAACAAUGUGAAAAAUAGUGUUUGAAAAUUUUCCCAAUUGAUGGAAACUAUAAACCCACAGAUCCAAGAAAUCCAACAAGCAGAGUAGCGAAGAAAACCUCACUAAGGUACAUCAUAAUCAAAUUAUUGAAAACCAGAGAAAACUAAAGCAGCUGGAGAAAAAGACACGUUCCAUACAGAGAAUGACUGUGUAGUUCUUUUCUCAAACUGCAAGUUGGAGACCUUGGCUUGACAUCUUUAAAGUGCAGAUAGAAGAAAGACCUGUUGACCUAGAAUUCUAUGUUCAGCAAAAAUAUUCUUCAGAAGAGGUGACAAAAGACUUUUUCAGACAGGGAAAAGAUAAGUGAAUUUUUCCCAGUAGACCUAUUUUAUAAGAAAUGUUAAGGGCCAAUGGACAGAACAGAGUUGAGAAAUGGACCCUCCAUUUUGGAGUCCAUUUCCAAAUGGAAUCCAUUUGGAAACCAUUUCUGAAUUCCAGUUUCUGAAUUGUCCAAUUCAAUUGGACAGUUGAUUUUUAACAAAGGUGCCAAAGUAGUUCAAGGAAAAGAUAGUCUUUUUAACAAAUGGAAUAGCUAUAUAUUCAUAUGGGAAAUAAAGAAUCUCAACUCUUGCCUCAUACUAUACAUAAUUUUAGUGCAAAAUUUAGAUUGAAAAAUGGAUCAUAGCUAAACAAAAGCUAAAACCUUAGAAAUUCUAGAAGGAAAUAUAGAAAUUGCUGUCUUGGGCUAGGCAAAGGUUUCUUAGAACACAGCAUGAAUCAUGAAAAAAAUCAGUAAAUUGGAAUUUAUUAAAAUUAAAACUCUUUCAAAGACGACAGGAAGAAAAUGAAAAGCCAGGUCACAGAUUGGGAGAAUACACUUGCAGUACGUAUAUUUCACAAAGGACCUGUAUCCAGAACUUACAAGUAAUGCUUAUAGCUCAAAAAGUCAAACAGCCCAAUGAAAUUGAAGAACUUGAAUAGAUUAUUCAUAAAACAUGUUAAAAUUGUUAAUAAACACAUGAAAAGAUGCUCAGCACCUGUAGUCAAUCAGAAAACAAAAUCACGUGGAGAUAACCACUACAAACCAACUAGAGUGACUUAAAUAAUGAUAGGAACUGCCAGGACCAAGUGUUAGUGAAGACAGGGAGUAACUGGGACCCUCAGACACUGCUAGUAAUAAUGUAAAAUGGUACGGCCAUUUGGAAGAUAUUUUGGCAGUUUCUCAUAAAUUCAAACAUCUGCUUUCCCUAGGACCCAGCCAUUCUGUUCGUAGGUAUUUAUCCAAGAGAAGUAAAAACCUGCAUCCACACAGGGUUGUAUGUGAAUGUUCAUGGCAGCUUUUUCUUAAUGACUCCAAACUGGAAUGAGCCAAAUGUUCGUCAGUAGAUAACCGGAUAGACGAGUGAAAGAAGCCAGACACAAAGGACUACUUACUGCAUAGUUCCAUUUCUGUGCAAUUCUAGAAAAGCUUAAUCUAUAGUGAGAGUAAAUCAGUGGUUUCCUGGGGCUGUGGUGGGAGUAGUGGUGGAGGAGGGGGUGUGACUGCAAAGGUGUAAAAAGGUUUUGGGGGUGAUGAAAAUUGUAUAUAUCUUGAUUAUGGUGGGGAUUACAGGCUUUAUACAAUUAUCAUGACAUUAAAACAGUGGACUUAAAAUACGUUCAUUUUAUUAUAUGUAAAUUAUUGUAGGUAUUUUCUGCAAAUUUACCUAAAUAAAGUUUGCUAAGACGUUUAGCAAGAAAAAUAA